AUGGUGGCUAAGGUCCUAUCCUGCAAGUACUUCCCAUCCAGUGAUACAUUCGAUCCACAAUUAGGCUCAACUCCAUCAUUUGCAUGGCGUGGGAUAUUCUUUGCUCUACAACGUCUUCGCCUGGGGUUCCAUUGGCGCAUUGGAAUGGACAGUAAUGUUAAGAUGCACGUCGAUAGAUGGGGAGGUUCGAUUCUGAUGCAGUUAAAUUCCUCUUACACUGAUUCUAGUGAUGCCCAUGUCCUUUGUGGCGAGUUUAUGCUUCCACAUUCAACACAGUGGAAUGUUAAUUUGGUGCAAAGAGUUUUCUCAGUUGCUGAUGUUGCUCGAAUAUUGCAAUGCCCCAUGGCACCUGUGGCUUGUGAUCGUAUUGUUUGGAGUGGCCAUUUGAAAAGGGUAAUUCCGACUACUCCUGACCCUAUUUGGUUAAUUCUGUCCCGCCUACUGGUUCCACCAAAGAUUAAACUUUUCGGCUGGCGUCUGGGACAUGAUGCUCUUCCAACUGCCUCUCGUCUUGUUCAAGCCGGGUUGUCUGUUGGUAUUUGUUGUAUGUGUGCCGAUGGGUUGAAAACUAUCAAACACGCCUUCUGCGAAUGCACGAUGGUUGUCGGUUUGCUAUCGUUGGCUGGGUUCAUUUCGUUGGUCACUACUGCAACGUCUAGCCGAGCAUGGUUGUUAUCUAGCUUCCAGCAGUUACCUCUUCACCGGUUCUCCUUAUAUCUGAUCAUCCUCUGGAAUAUUUGGCACCAACGCAACACAUUUUGGCAUGAAGGUCGUCUUAUACCGGACUGGAAUUUGGUGCAGACUUGUUUCUCAAUGUUUGAAGGUUUUAUAGCACUAGAAAGUUUCUCUAGUGCAACUACGAUGCCGGAAUUGUCUAUAUCAGACCGUUGGCACAAACCCGAGGCUACGACGGUGACAAUUAAUGUCGACAGUGCUUGCCUUCCUAGUAAUGGAUGUUCCACUGUUGGUCUUCUUGCUGGGGAUCAUCAAGGGAUAGUGAUUGCUGCUAAUGUUGUUCCAGUUGAGGUCCCUUAA